CAUGACGUCGGCGGAGAACGCCGUACACGUUAGUACGCAACAAAGCCUGACGUCACUGCCGUCUGCGAGUGACGUCUGAAGGAGUCCUGUUGGACAGAGCGAGAAGGGACCAAUUCUCGUGAUAUCGGAGCCGGCUGGUGUUGCACGAGAAUCUAUCGCAGUGAGUUGAGUGUGCAGCAGGGGCUCUUCAGUCACCAGAAAGACAGUAAUAAUACGGAUGGUGAUAAGAGGCGUCCUUGUCGGCUACCCUGUCACACUUUAGGAGAGAAGAGAAAGUAACCGGGGACGGGGAGGGAGGGGGGUGUGUGAGUGAGUGUGUCUAAAGGAGUCGACUGGGACAGGUUCAGAGUGGUGUUUGAGUUUGUCCGCAGCCUGGGCUUUGAGCUGGAGAUGUCUGUGGUCGGCUUCGAUGUGGGUUUCCAGAGCUGUUAUGUGGCCGUGGCGAGGGGCGGCGGCAUCGAGACGGCCGCCAACGAAUACAGCGACAGGAGUACCCCGUCUUGUGUGUCCUUGGGACCCCGAAAUCGUUCGUUUGGAGCUGCUGCCAAAACUCAGAUAGUGUCCAAUGUGAAAAACACUCUACAAGGAUUUAAAAGGCUCCAUGGCAGAGCUUUCUCAGAUCCAUUUGUAAAAGCUGAACAAUCCAAGCUUGGAUAUGAACUGGUCCAGAUGUCAAGUGGUACCACAGGUGUUAAGGUUUCAUACAUGGAAGAGGAAAGAUGUUUUAGUGUGGAGCAAGUGACAGGAAUGUUAUUGACAAAACUGAAGGAAACAGCUGAAACUGCUCUCAAGAAACCAGUCUUGGAUUGUGUGAUAUCAGUUCCAUGUUUCUACACAGAUGCUGAGAGGAGGUCUGUAAUGGAUUCUGCACAGAUUGCAGGACUCAACUGUUUACGGCUAAUUAAUGAAACCACUUCAGUUGCACUCGCUUAUGGGAUAUAUAAACAAGAUCUGCCCGCCCCAGAGGAGAAGCCAAGGAAUGUUGUCUUUAUUGAUUUGGGACACUCGGCAUAUCAGGUUUCAGCCUGUGCAUUCAAUAAGGGAAAACUAAAGGUCCUCGCUACUGCUUUUGAUCCCUAUUUGGGUGGAAGGAACUUUGAUGAGAUUCUAGUAAAUCAUUUCUGUGAAGAAUUCCGUAGAAAGUACAAACUAGAUGUUAAAUCAAAGAUUCGAGCCGUAAUGCGGCUUUUCCAGGAAUGUGAGAAGCUGAAGAAACUGAUGAGUGCCAAUGCAUCUGACAUACCAAUGAACAUUGAAUGUUUCAUGAAUGACAUUGAUGUUUCUGGCUCAUUGAACAGGGCCCAGUUUGAGGAAAUGUGCAGCUCACUUUUGUCCAGAGUGGAGGGUCCUCUUCGCAGUAUUAUGGAGCAAACCAAACUUAAGCGAGAGGAUAUAUAUGCUGUCGAGAUUGUGGGUGGAGCAACUCGCAUCCCUUCUGUAAAAGAGAGAAUUGCCAAGUUCUUUGGUAAAACGCCGAGUACAACACUAAAUGCAGAUGAGGCUGUCGCACGUGGAUGUGCUUUGCAGUGUGCUAUUCUUUCACCUGCAUUCAAAGUAAGGGAAUUUUCUAUCACAGACUUGGUUCCAUUCCCAAUUUCCAUGAGAUGGAAUUCUCCUGCUGAUGAAGGACUUGGUGAUUGUGAGGUGUUUCCCAAGAAUCAUGCAGCACCAUUCUCCAAAGUUCUCACUUUCUAUAGAAAAGAAUCCUUCAACCUUGAAGCAAUCUACAGUUGUCCUAAGGAAUUGCCUUAUCCUGACCCCAAAAUUGGUUACUUUACUAUUCAGAAAGUGGUUCCUCAAAGUGAUGGGUCCAGUUCUAAGGUGAAAGUCAAAGUGCGGGUUAACAUUCAUGGUAUCUUCAGCAUAUCCAGUGCCUCGUUGGUGGAAGUGCAGAAAUGCGAAGAGACUGAUGAUAUUCCUAUGGAAACAGAUCAACAAUCCCAGGCUAAUCUGAAAGAAGAGGAGAGCAAGAUGCAAAUUGACCAGCAGGAAGAACCAGCUCAUGGUGAUGGUAAUCUCCCACCAGGAUCAGCAGAGGGUCAGAAAAAUGAAAUUGAUGAAAUGGAGACUGGCGAAACUGCUUCCAAGGAAGAUAAAAAUAGAGACCAGCCUCCACAGGCAAAAAAAGCAAAGGUCAAAACAAAGACUGUGGAUCUACCCAUAGACAGCAAUCUGCAGUGGCAGUUGGAUCAGCAGCUGCUCAACCUAUUCAUUGAAACUGAGGGUAAAAUGAUAAUGCAAGAUAAACUUGAAAAGGAAAGAAAUGAUGCAAAGAAUGCCCUGGAGGAAUAUGUGUAUGAAAGUAGGGACAAGCUCUGUGGAAUCUAUGAAAAGUUUGUCAGUGAAGAGGAACAAAGCAAAUUAAGCGUCCUGCUAGAAGACACUGAAAACUGGUUGUACGAGGAUGGUGAGGAUCAAGGGAAACAAGUAUAUAUAGAUAAAUUGACUGAUUUAAAGAAAUUUGGUCAACCAAUUCGGGACCGUUACCAAGAGUUUGAGGAUCGUCCACGAGCCUUUGAUGAGCUGGGGAGACAGAUGCAACAGUACAUGAAGAUAUUAAAUUCCUAUAGAAAUAAAGAAGAACAAUAUGAUCAUCUGGAUCCAGCUGACAUGGAGAAAGUGGGCAAGCACGUGCAAGAAGCGAUGGAAUGGAUGAACAGUAAGAUGAACUUGCAGAGCAAACAAUCUCUAACUCAAGCCCCACUAAUAAAAUGUGCAGAAAUUCGAGCCAAAGUUAAGGAAUUGGUCAGCCUUUGUAACCCCAUUGUCAGCAAGCCAAAGCCUAAAGCAGAACCUCCAAAAGACGAGAAGGAGGCAGAAAAGAAUGGACCAGUGAAUGGGCAAGCAAGUGCUGACACUGACAUCUCAGCACCUACCACUGAGGGUACCCAGAAAAAUACAGAACAGCAUCAACAACCUCUACCAGAGAUGGACAUUGAGUAACGGUGCAACAGUGAUAUCCAAACUGUUAUGUUAAAGUCAUAGACUUUGCAGGGCAGCUUUUUUCACCUUUUUUAUGGUGAAUGGAGUAACCUGAACCUGGUAUUCUUGAAUCUGUGUGGCAAAUUUUGGUAGCUUUUUUUAAAACCCCUUCCCUAACUUUGCAAUGGGAUGGGAAUUAACUAAUACAACUGGGGCUUGAAUUAAAUGUUUUGUUACAAAAGUUUUGAUUUUGUUUGUGGCUUUGUUUCACCAUUAAAGCUGAUUCUUUUGUUUUGUAGCCCCGCUUCCUGUCUGUCCACCCCAAAAGGUGGUGAUUGCUGAUUCUGCCAGAGUCAUUUGUGAGCUUUUCUGGCAAGCUUUCUGCUGGUAAUUAGAAUGCUGGAUAGCAACAUGCAUACCAACAAUUCACUAAAUAGCUCACGUUCAACUUGAGUGUUGUUUAGUUUUUUUUGUCUUGUUGGCUUGCUUUGAUUUGUUAUUGACAGCUGUUGGAAUCAAAGCUAUAUUGCCUGUCUUCAAGAAUCUCAAUCUUCAAAGAUGCACGUACCAAUUUUUCCCUUUAGAACGCUACCAUCAGUUUCCACUUACUUAUUACUUAUCUUACAACAGUUGUAUUGAAGUCAGAAUUAUAGUUUGGAUUAUAUGUUGAAGGAAGACUGUUUCAGGUUCCAUAUUCUUAAAAACAAUUGAAUAAAAUCCUACUUUUGGACAACAAAAAGUGCUGUCUGUCCAAAUUUCUGAUAAAUAUUGGUUUAGUUCUCAGUGUGUAUGUACUAUACACUGUAGUGUAUAUAUACAAUGUUACUGUACAACAUCUCUGCUUUCACUUACAUUUCUUUGAUCUAUGACACUGGUUACUUCCCUUUAAUUCCCAUAUUAAAUUUAAAUUGUUUGAA